CUUCCCCUCCCCACACCUCAUUCAUACAAAAAAUUCUAAUGCGAAAAUUGUGAAACAAAUGAAAAUUAUCACUAAUUUAUAAAUGGAACCAAAACAAAGUUAAUGCAGUGGAUUUAAUUAAAAAUGUUAAAUUAGUAAAUGUUAGUUUGUAUCAUAAAAACACGUGUAAAAAGCACAAAACGACAUGUUCAAAAGUCGAGGCGAUAUUGUUUAUAAAUGUACAGUGCGACUUUUAGAGGAUACAGAGAUAUUAGAAUGUGAAUUCCACCCGAGUUACAAGGGCAAGUAUUUGCUUGAGCAUGUGUGCCAACAGUUAAACCUCACGGAGACUGAUUAUUUCGGGCUGCGAUAUGUGGACGCCGGCGGUCAGAGGCAUUGGCUGCAUAUGGCGAAGUUAAUAUUGAAACAAGUCAAAGAUGCAUCGCCGAUACUGUUCAGUUUCCGAGUGAAGUUUUACCCGCCCAACCCGCUGCUGCUCAAGGAAGACGUCACGCGGUUCCAGAUCUACCUGCAGCUGAAGAGGGACCUGCUGCAUGGGAGGCUUUAUUGCACGUCAAAUGAGGCAGCUAUGCUUGGAGCCCUGAUUAUUCAAAUUGAGCUUGGCGACUAUGACCCGAACAUCCAUGUGGGUAACUACGUCACAGAAAUGAGACUGCUGCUCAGACAAACAGACGCUAUUGAGGCUAGGAUACAAGAGUUACAUAGGGAGCCAGUGGAGGGGACUCCGGGGGGCAGCGGCGGCGUGAAGGGCAUGUCCACGCAGGAGGCCGAGCGCACUUUCCUCAAAAUAGCGUGCCAACUUGACACUUAUGGCGUCGAUCCUCACCCUGUUAAGGAUCACAGAAGCAACCAGCUAUACCUGGGCAUCAACCACAGCGGCAUCCUCACGUUCCAGGGCAGUAGAAAGACGCACCAUUUUAAGUGGAACGAAGUGCACAAGAUCAACUUUGAGGGCAGAAUGUUUAUUGUACACCUCAACUAUCCUGAGAAAAAGCACACGGUGGGCUUCAAGUGUCCGAACGGCCCGGCGUGCCGCCACGUGUGGUGCUGCGCCAUCGAGCAGAUGCUCUUCUUUACAUUGGCAUCAUCAUCAGACGCAUGCGUGUACUCCGGUGGAGGUCUGUUCUCAUGGGGCACCAAAUUCAAAUACGUGGGACGCACAGAGCGGGAGAUACUCGAACGAGAUGGAUUGCUAGCACCAAGGGAUUCGCAGGAGGAGGGCGGCGGCAAGCGGAAAGCGUCAAGCGUCCCGGCGACGCCUUCCACACCAAUGACUGGCGACUUCGGGUACAGCAGCCUGCCCCGGUCCACGCACAGCGCCCCCCUGGAGGAGGUGGGGGCGCUGGCGGGGGCGGGGGGCGCGGGGCUGUGCAACGGCGCCUGCCUGCUGGCCGGGCCCGCCGUCGACAUCGCGCUCGCGCCGCAGGACCUCCGCCCACACGACAAACCCGUCCCGUGCGCCGGCGAGUACAUCCUGCGCGACUCGUGCCCCUCGUCCUCCGAGUCGGGCGGCACCGGCGCCCCGCCGCCCGACGACUGGCGUCCCCCUCCCGCCCUGCAGCCGCCGCCUCGCCCCUUCUCGCUCCUGCGCACCUUCAUACCCUCCUUCCUCUUCGUAUGGCUCUCUCUCGCUCUAAUCGCCUUGCUCGUCUUCGAGACGGAUUGGGCGGUAUUCAGGCCGUUGAAAAGGAAACCCGAGUUGGUGUCGCUCAGGCAUCAUUAUUACGCGCCGUUGAAGGAGUAUUUGAAGAGAAAGGUGUUGGAGUUCUUCUGAUUUUAUCGAGGUAGGAGGUUGAAUUUGCGCGUGGUGGGA